ACCCUUCUCUGGGCUACAAUUGAUAAUAGGCAGAGAGGCGGGGCGACGCUAGCGUCUUGGUAGAUUCUGGAACCUCAUGCCCACGAUAUGGAGAAAGCAUCGCAACUGAAAGAUCAAGGUAACAAGGCGUUGAGCGCAGGAAAUGUUGAUGAGGCGGUUAGGUGUUACACUGAGGCUCUGACAUUAGACCCUUCCAAUCAUGUCCUCUUCAGCAACCGGUCUGCCGCCUAUGCCAAGAAGGGCGAUUAUGACAAUGCCCUGAAAGAUGCCUGCCAAACCAUAAAGAUUAAGCCGAACUGGGGCAAGGGCUACUCAAGAAAAGCAGCUGCUUUGGAGUUUCUUGGGCAACUAGAGGAUGCCAAAGCGACCUAUCAGGAGGGGAUACGCCAAGAGCCGUCCAAUCAGCAACUCAAGGAGGGACUUCAGAACAUUGACGCACGCUUAGCAGAGCGAAAGAUGAUGAACCCAUUUUCCAUUCCCAACUUGUAUGAAAAGCUGGAGGGUGACCAUCGAACCAGAGCGCUCCUGUCUGACCCCAGCUACAGGGAGCUGCUGGAGCAGCUCAGGAACAAGCCCUCAGAGCUUGGCACAAAACUGCAGGACCCUCGUGUGAUGACCACUCUCUCAGUGCUGCUGGGGCUGGAUCUAGCUGGCAUGGAUGAAGAGGAAGAACCGACUCCACCCCCACCCCCUAAACCCAAAGAGACAGCUCCACCUCCUCCCAAAGAGGAAGACCUGCCAGAAAACAAGAGAAUGGCCUUGAAGGAGAAGGAACUGGGAAAUGCAGCAUAUAAGAAGAAAGAUUUUGCUACUGCACUGAAGCACUAUGAAGAAGCUCUAAAGCACGAUCCCACCAACAUGACCUAUCUGUCAAACCAAGCAGCUGUGCAUUUUGAAAAGGGGGAGUUUGAUAAGUGCAGAGAGCUUUGUGAGAAAGCCAUUGAGGUGGGCAGAGAGAACCGGGAGGAUUACAGACAGAUUGCCAAGGCAUACGCCAGGAUUGGUAACUCCUAUUAUAAGCAGGAGAAGUACAAAGGGGCAGUCCAGUUUUUUAAUAAGAGUCUGACAGAACAUCGCACACCUGAAGUCCUCAAGAAAUGCCAGCAGGCGGAAAAGAUUUUAAAGGAACAGGAGAAGCAUGCCUACAUCAAUCCAGAUUUGGCACUGGAAGAAAAAAACAAGGGCAACGAUGCCUUCCAGAAGGGUGACUAUCCUUUGGCCAUGAAACAUUACUCAGAGGCUAUCAAGAGAAACCCUUAUGAUGCAAAACUCUUCAGCAACCGAGCUGCCUGCUACACCAAACUACUGGAAUUCCAGCUGGCCCUCAAGGACUGUGAGGAGUGCAUCAAACUGGACCCAAACUUCAUUAAGGGUUACACACGCAAGGGAGCAGCACUGGAGGCUAUGAAGGAUUUCUCUAAAGCAAUGGAUGUGUACCAGAAAGCUCUCGAGCUUGACUCCAACUCAAAGGAGGCCACAGAGGGUCUGCAACGCUGUAUGGUGAGCCAAGCAAUGCGUAACGACAGCCCAGAGGAAGUGAAACGGAGGGCUAUGGCCGACCCAGAGGUGCAGCAGAUCAUGAGUGAUCCUGCCAUGCGCAUGAUCUUAGAGCAGAUGCAGAAAGACCCACAGGCCCUCAGCGAUCAUCUAAAGAACCCUGUCAUCGCUCAGAAAAUUCAGAAACUGAUAGAUGUUGGGCUAAUAGCAAUUCGGUGAUCAAAGGAACCAGAAGAAAACCCAGGACAUUUUUCAUCUACAGAACAGCAACAGGAAGACUACGAAGGAUGGCGGCAUUCCAAACAAAUUAUUCAUCAAAUUUAACAGGCACCCUAACUCUUCUCCUCCCACUCAUCCCAUUAAUUUUUUAUUUUUUUUGAAGCCUUAAUUGGAUUAAAAAUGUGGCCAAUUGGUAUUGCCUCAGCACUACAUUCACUAUUAUCAGUUGUCAUGGUUUUCAGACAUUUUAUUUUUCAUACAUUAGUGUAUUAAAGAGUGGGGUUUGAACCUUAAUAUUAAAAGCAGUUUUAUUUAUUUUAUUUUAUUUUUUUCUUGUAUGUAUUUUUUACAGCUCAGUAUUUGGCAGAUUAAAUGCAGAUUCGUUCUGAAUCUGUUCUCUUAUGGUUUUUGUAUGUGGGGGGUUUUGUUUCUUCCAUUCUUUGGAGGAGAAGGUGAGGGAAGUAUUGUGACAUCAGCUCGCCAUCAGUGGUUAAUUUUCAAAUAGUAGGCCUGUUAGAAAUCUGUCUGUCUCUGAAUGUGAAUGCAUCGCUAUUAUUGUACUAUACAGUCGUGGCCAAAAGUAUUGGCAGUUACACAAAUUUUGUGUUUUGCAAAAUUAGCUACUU